AACCAACUGCAAAGUCAACUAAUGGUACAAGUGCAUCUGCAAAUGCAACAUCCUCUGGUAAAAAUGUUUUAGGAACUGGAGGUGCUGUGGCAAUCAGUGUUGUUGCUGGGUUUAUUGUGCUCAGUCUUCUUGUGAUGGCUGUAUGGUUUGCACAGAAACGAAAAAGGAAGAGGGCUGGACCAAAAAUUGGGUACACUAUGCCUUCUCCAUUUGCCUCCUCUCAAAAUUCAGAGCCUGGUGGGGUCAAUAAUUCCAGGUCAUGGUUCACAUACGAAGAGCUAGUCCGGGCAACAGAUGGGUUUUCAGAACAUAAUCUAUUGGGUGAAGGUGGGUUUGGUUGUGUAUACAAAGGUAUCCUCACAGAUGGUAGAGAAGUAGCUGUAAAGCAGCUAAAGAUUGGUGGUGGGCAGGGGGAGCGGGAGUUCAGAGCAGAAGUUGAGAUUAUUAGCCGAGUACAUCAUCGCCAUUUGGUUUCACUGGUGGGGUACUGUAUAUCAGAGCAUCAAAGACUGCUCGUCUAUGAUUAUGUCCCGAACAACACCCUUCAUUACCAUCUCCAUGGUAGAGGCAGGCCGGUAAUGGAAUGGGCUGUCCGAGUCAAGGUUGCUGCAGGUGCAGCACGUGGGAUAGCUUACCUCCAUGAAGACUGCCAUCCUCGCAUCAUUCACAGGGAUAUCAAGUCAUCAAACAUUCUUCUUGACAGCAAUUUUGAGGCUCGGGUUUCCGAUUUUGGGCUUGCAAAGUUAGCUUUGGAUUCAAAUACCCAUGUAACCACACGUGUGAUGGGAACUUUUGGAUAUAUGGCUCCAGAGUAUGCAACAAGUGGCAAGUUAACUGAAAAAUCUGAUGUUUAUUCCUUUGGUGUUGUGCUCUUGGAGUUAAUUACUGGGCGCAAGCCUGUUGAUGAUUCUCAGCCCCUAGGUGAUGAGAGCCUGGUUGAAUGGGCUCGGCCAUUGCUUGCUGAAGCGAUUGAACAUCAAGAAUUUGAAGAGUUGGUGGAUCCAAGGCUGGAAAAAAACUAUGUGGCUCAUGAAAUGUUUCGAAUGAUUGAGGCAGCUGCAGCUUGUGUGCGACAUUCAGCUGCCAAGAGGCCAAGAAUGAGUCAGGUGGUGAGAGCUCUAGACUCGUUGGAUGAGUCAUCAGAUCUCACAAAUGGAAUGAAACCUGGCCAAAGUGAAGUUUUUGAUUCAGCACAACAAUCUGCGCAAAUUAGAAUGUUUCAGAGGUUAGCAUUUGGCAGUCAAGAAUAUAGCUCUAGUUUCUUUAAUCACAGCCAGAGCAGUUGGAGAAGUCAAGAAGAUGGUAGUCAGGGUAGCUGGAGGAGUCGAGAUUAUGCGAAUCAGAGUAGCUGGAGUCGAGAGCACAGGGAGCGUAGCACGCUAAUGCCUUAAACGCAUCUUGGAUGUAAAGCAAAACGGAUGAGUUCAAUGCUUACCAUUAUAAGCAAAUUGAACCCUAUGACUCGAGUGUAAAUGCAUCAGUGUAAAGGGGAUGCCUGUUCCUCUCAAUUUUUGAUGAGAUUUGAGACCGAGAUCAUGGAAUGGUCUUGCUGCUCACUUUAUGUGUAAUAUUGUGCGUUUUGUUCCUUUUAACCCUUUUUUAACUCCUAGCUCACAUGAUUUUUGAAAAGAAAAGAAAAGAAGGUUACCUGAUUUUCUUGUAAGAAUGCCUGUGCUUGUAUUUUCUAUGAUAUGGAUUCAUUCAUGCAUCUUUUCUUUGUAUUGAUGUUUAUUAAUUUAAUGUAAGUUUCUUUUUCUCA